AUGAGAGUACGUACGAGUUUCAUGACUGUGUAAUAAUAUAUGAGAAUUUGUCUCAUAUAGGUAACAUGAUCAACCAUACAUCGUACAACAUAGUGCAAGUACAAAGAAAGACAAACACAACCAUUUAUAUUUAGAAGAGACGAUGGAAUAAAUUGACGUGAUUCGCACAUGCCGUUGGGAAUGUUUAUACUUGAUGCAUUUUCAUGGAUCCACCGAUCACUUUUGGUUUUCGCGUUUGACAGUUUACCUGACCAAAAUAAAUUUAUAUAAAUACCACCUCAAGUGGCAUUCAAAUUUUUUUUUCUUUAUCCAACAAGUUUAUUUAUCAAUAUGCGCGCCUUCUCUACCAUCUUCAUUGCUGCUGUCUUAGCUCUCUCUGCCAAUGCUGCUGCCGUUGACAAACGUGCCGUUUCCACUGCUGCAGCUCUUUGUAUUGCUGACCUUACUUCCGUUUCUGAACAACUUACCAUUGUUAAGACUGCUGUUGAUGCAUUCGUUUCUUCCGCUGGUUAUAGUGGCGCAACUGCUAUUCAUGACAAGGGAACUGAACUCGAAGCACGUAUUGUCAAGGCCACUACUGAUUGUAACACCAUCACUGCCCCUUCAAACGUUGAGGAUACUACUGCUAUUCUUGCCAAUGUUGGUACACUCGUUCCUAAGGUUACUGGUUCUUUGAACUCCAUUGUCAGCAAGAAGUCUCAAUUUGCUGCCAUUCCUUUCGCCACCAUCAUCGUCAAGACUGACAUCAAGAACUUGGAUACCAAGACUGCUGCCUUGAACGCCGUUUUGAUUUCCAAGGUCCCUACCACCCCCACAUCUUACUUGGACACUGCCAAUGGUUAUGUCGCCGAAAUCAACGCUGGAUUCUCCGCUGCCAAGUCUGCUUAUGGCAUCUAAAUCCUACCACCAUGUCAUUCCCAUUGACUUUUUUUUUUUUUUUUUUUUUUUUUCACAAAAACAAACAUUCAAUAAACAUCUUUUUU